UAGGAACGAGAGCAUGCAGAGCUUUGAUGCUGUGCGACGUGUUCAUCAAUCACCAUCCAAAUUAAACUCUAGCUAAAGGCGGAAUAUAAUAGCAGAAAUCGUCCAUCAACCGGCCAUCACUGAUCAACUCGCAGGGUGCGCAUGCAUGGACGACAUGGCGCCUGGAGCUUCCGAGGGGGAGCAGCAGCAGGCGAGAGAUGUCACGGCGCAUCAAGGUUAUUCCGACGACGGGGCGGCGGCGGUGGCGGCCAUGAUCGAGGAGGCAUUAAGCAAGCUGCAGGCGCUUCGUGAGAGGAUCUCCCUGUUGGGGCCUGCUGGCCCUCAUCGCGUCGUCGUCUCCUCUAGUGACCCUGGACGGCGCUGCGUGGCCUUCAUGGAGACAGAGCUGAGCAUCGUCAUGGCGUUCUUGAAGACGCUGAGUCCGCAGCAUUUGGACGAUGCCGAGACCAAGCAAUGGCUGGGAGCCUAUUUGUCCCAUUUGUUCCCUGUUCUCCUCCAUUGGGUCGACCUCGUCCUCGUCCUCAGUGAAGUCGACCCCUCACGUCACACACUGCUCCCAAGAGCUUCACAGUGCUUCCUCCAUUGUCGUAGGAACUCAUACUCACAUUGGCUUCCUCUUGACACCAUAAUGCUUUACUAUUUCAUCGAACAUCGAUCCAGGCAUUGGCAUCUUCUCCACACUACGAGCUCUGGCCUUGGGCUUAUUACAUCCCAACUGGACGAGGCAGGUGCCCUCCUUCCUCUUGUCGGCAUCAAUCGCCCGGCGAAGAAGAUCUUCAGGUGGCUCGCCGCACAUCAGGGGAAGAUGGACAUGAACACGAGAGUCAUGUCUAUCGUUGGACCUGUGGGGAUUGGCAAGACAACUCUUGCUGUUGAGCUCCUCAAUCGACUCAUCAGGCACGAAACUAGCAGUGGAGGACGCUACCAUUUCCAAUGCAAUGUUAUGGCUCAAGCGUCACGGGGGACUAGUGAUAGAAACAUUCGUCUUCUUCGAGAUAUCCUCUCGCAAGUUUCACCAGCAGCAGCAACAGCACUGUCAUCUUACCCGUCAGAUGCCAAGACAAUGGAGGUCCUAGUCUGUCUUGUUUCAGAAUGCUUGCGAGAUAAGAGGUACUUUGUCAUUAUCGAUGAUAUAUGGAAAGCAUCAGACUGGGAAGAAAUCAAGGGCGCAUUUCCUAAUAAUAAUCGUGGUAGCCGAAUAUUGAUUACAACACGCAGUACACGCACAGCAUGGGCAUGUUGCUCCGAUUCUUAUUAUGGCCUCGUGCAUGAGAUGAAACCUCUAAGUGAAACGGAUUCAGAAAGGCUGCUUCUAGCAAAAGCCGUGGGUUCAGUGGAUGGUUGCGUGCCAAAUAAUAUCAAGCUACAUUGUGAUGAAAUAUUGAGGAGAUGUGAUGGUAUACCAUUGUUUAUAAUUGGUAUGGCAGACUGGCUGAAGGAACAAGGACUGCAGCAGCUGCACCAACCAAAAGAUGAGCAUCAAGGAUUUGCAACGCAUUACGAGGAACAAGUCCCGCGGCUGCCUGAACGGUUAGAACAAGCACUGUCCUCUGCUUUUAGUGACUUCCCUAAUGAUGAUGACUCGAGAUUACCAUUAUUGUACAUGAGCAUGUUUCCUUAUGGGUACAAAUUUGAAAAGGAUCGUCUCAUCUUGACAUGGGGCUUUACUGAAUGUGUUCCUCUUUCCCUGGGUUUUAGUAAUGCUAUGUUAAAAGCAGAGCUGUUCUUCUCCCGGCUAGUGGAUAGGAAUGUCAUCACCUGUGUAGCGUCAAACUGCAAGCACAAGCAAGAUGAAGCCGAGGCCUGCCAGUGGCAAAUCAAUCAUUUUAUGCACCAAUUCCUGGCCUCCAAAUCUGCAGAGAUGGGUUUCGUUUUCACCACUACUACGCUCAACUUACUGGCCGCAUCAGCAUCAGCAGCAGCAGCAACAACAACAGAGUGUGGCAACCAAACUAGCAGCAGGAUGCCACGGAGGUUAGCCCUGCACCAUCCAGAUCCCCUGCUCCCAUCCCUGCUUGAAACUAUGGAUUUGUCCCAGACUCGUUCACUAGCUGUUUCUGGGACAGUCUGCAGAAUCCCAGUGGACAAGUUUGUCAAUUUGGUGGUUCUGGAUCUUGAAGGCUGGGAAAAUCUCAAGGAUGAGGACCUACUGCAGGUAUGCACAAGCAAAAUGUUCUUUUUGUGCUAUUUGAGCGUCAGGAAUACUCAAGUCCACAAGCUCCCAUACGAGAUCAAGGAGCUGCGGAGUCUGGAGGCAUUGGAUGUAAGUUACACACAGAUAACAGAGCUCCCACUUGAAGUGUUCGAGCUAAUUUUUUUGAGGCACCUAGACCUAAGAGGCACACGGAUAAGACAGCUGCCAAAGCAAAUUGUGGGCCGAUGGAAUAUAUCUCAUCUUCUCGUUGGUGGCGAAGGAGUGAUUCAUUCCAUCGAAAAGGCAGCAAGGGUGCCAAACAAUGUGCGGCGUCUCAGCAUGCUAGAGACACUAGCUACUGUUGAUCUGACCAGCCACCCUGCAAGCUUCGUCAUGGCUCUCGGUGAUCUACGAAGGUUGACCGUGCUUGCAGUUACAUGGUCCUUUCACCAGUCCACUGACAGAGACUACUGUGAAGCGUUACUGUCAUGCAUCAAAAAGUUGGAACGGCUCGAGUCCCUGACCAUUCACUGUGGACUCGGCUGCUCCAUGGAGUUCCUGGGCUCCCUUGAAAAGUCUCGUGCACCUCGGGAGCUUAAGAUGUUCAAGGUGACAGCCGGAAGAUUCGCAAGUGUUCCACCAUGGAUCCAAGGGCUCUGGUUAUCUUUCGUGCAAAUCACCGUCUCUAACAAGCAAACAACGACGGAUGACCUGAAGAUACUUGGAGAAUUGUCCGUAUUGCAAUGCCUAAUACUAGGCUUGGACUUCAUCCCUGGACAAGCCAUAGUGAUUGAAAGUGGAGGAUUCAGUGAGCUUCAGAGAUUCUUGGUGUACUGCCCAAUACCAUGGCUCAGUUUUAGCAAAGGAGCUAUGUGGAAGCUGACAUACCUCCAACUGAAGUUCUGUUCGACCCCAGCGAGCCAGAUCUGUGUUCCUUCAGGUAUCAGCAACCUCAGAAGGCUGACAGAGGUCGCCCUCUGCUACAACGAAAAAUACAUCAACAGCCCCAGCAUCAAGAUGACAGUGGAGGCAGUGACUAAACAAGUUGCCGAGCAUCGCAACCCGAUCGACCUUUUCAUCAAUGGCAUUGAACAAGAUGAUGUUCAAGAAGCUGACGAUGAAGUCACAGAGAUUACAAUUGGGACUUCAAGCAGUACCAAUGCUGGAGCUGAAGAUGAUGCUCAACCAGUUGGUGAGGAGGCUACGGCAGUGGUUCAAUGUGAGAUUACUGAAGCUGAAAGUUGAUCCAGUUAGUCCAGGCUUAGCUCUACAAG